AUGGGACGGGCGAUAUAUCGUCCGAGGAAGACAGCCGGCAUUGCUUCGCACGGCAAGAGCGAGCUGGGUGACCUGAUCGACAUGUAUCACACCCGACAGGCUACCCUAGUGCAUGACAAGGUGUUCGCCUUGUUGGGCAUGAGUACCACCGACCCACUACACAAGACAUUCCUAGACUAUUGGGCUGGUUGGGAUGUUGUUUUCAAGCAGGUGGAAAAGUCUCUAUUCGGUGCAUUAGUGUCAGUUGAUACCUGGUCCCACUCACAGGUGGCUGAGAUACAAGGAAAUGGUCAGGUACUGGGCAAAGUCAUUCGAGUAGAAUUCGAUGAUGCCAACGGGCGGCAGAAGCUAUCCAUCGAGUGGAAGGUUUCACAAGCCCAACGAUUCUACAUCGUCCGCAGGCUGGACGCUUCCACUUUCUGCCAAAUCAGUCCGGAGGGUUGA